AUGACUCCUCUUGGCUGUAACAACUCAGGGACUUACAUGUUUGUCCUUGGGUUUGGCUUUGCUGUUAAAACAAGAGACUACAAGGUUGUGAGGAUGGCCUAUGCUCAUGGUGAUGGUCAAUACUUGUUGCCACUUAGGGUUGAGAUUUAUGAGCUUAGUUCAGGAAUCUGGAAGGAUUUUGAUGGUUUUAUUCCAGAUAUUGGUAUCGUUGAGUAUUUCUGGACACAAGUUGAAAUUUAUGGGAAAGUCUACUGGACUGCAUACAAGAGAAAUUGGGAGAGAAGGGUGGAGAACUUGAUUAUGAUGUUUGAUCUCAAUGAGGAGAUUUUUCAAGAAUUAUCAUUACCAGAAAUUUUGGUUAAUGAAACCCCUACGAAUUUAAAUGUUGCACAGCUUGGGAAAUUACUUGUUGUGUAUCAGUAUGAUACACGUGUUUGGAGCAGCAAUUGCUCCAUUUGGGUAAUGAAAAGGUAUGGAGACACAGAUUCAUGGAGCAAAGAAUAUAAUGUUGCAUUGGGCCAGGGGAAUUUGGGCAUGGUAGUAGCCGUUGCUGAUUGUCGUAAAAUAUUGUUGAUAGACAUGACAAGGAUGCUAGCUUUGUAUAAUCCUGAGAUGCAAACAACGCAAAGAACCACUAUUGCUGGUACUAUGUACUCUUUUUACUAUGAGAAUUACGAGGAAAGCCUUGUUUUGCUAGAUAAAGGGGAGUUACUGCCUCCAGUUGAUUUAGCAUCUGAGGAGUCGACAGAUGACGACGACGAUUAUGAUGAUGAUGAUGAUGAUAAUGAUGAUGCUAAUGAUCAAGUACUUGAACUCCUGAAUCAUCAUGUUAUGCAUGAGCGUGUCACAACUUUACUUGGAGCCUGA